AACAAGAAUAGAGAGAGAGAGAGAGAGAGAGAGAGGGGAAAAUGUUGACCUAUUCUGAGUUUUCUUUGAUGCUCAGAAGUCCCAAAUCAAAAAAGAAUCCAAGGUAGUUUUUGUUUCUUGAAUUGCCCAUGAAGGAGCAACCCACCUGAUUGAUUAAGGAGGCAGAUCAUGUUUGAAGGUAACUGACCAAAAUACCAAACUUAGAGAUUAGAGCUCAACAUUUACUGCGUUUGAAGGUAAAGGGUUGGCAUGAAAGUUCCCAGGUGAGUGGACAUUUCCUUAAUUCCAAAAGAAUCCUGCCAGAAGAACAGAUGAAUGUAGCAACUUUCAGUGACUCUUUCAUUCCCAUCUCCCCAAUUCCAAAAGAAUCUUGCCAGAAGAACAGAUGAGUGUGGCACUUUCAGUGAUUCUUUCAUUCUCAUCUUCCCUACUUCCAAAAGAAUCUUGCCAGUAGAACAGCUGCAGUGACACUCUUUCAAUCUCACUUAUUUACUUCUUUGUUCUGCCAUUCCACCGCUUGAUAAUUUGAUGUUCAUUUCAUAGUUGGAUUCCUAUGGAAGGUGAAGUGGUAUUAGUGGCAAUUGAUGCAAGUGAGGAGUUGACAGACCAUUCCCUAGAAUGGGCAGUGCAGAAUUUGAUCAAACCCAUGGAUUCCUUAAUUUUUCUUGCCCUUCUUCCUACUUGCCCAAGUCCUUUUGCUUCUGGGAGUUGGGCCAAUCAGGCUAGGUUUCAGCAGUUUAUAGCUAGCCUGCUAAAGAAAUGGGGACUACAUCACAACAGGGAAGAUUCUUCCAGUCAGAUCAAACUCAUCAAUGGUGUUGAUCGUGAAUGGUCUAAUAGAACAGAUGAGACCUGUGUGAAGAUGAUAAAGCAAAUAUGUUUGAAAAACAGAGUUAGACAGACAUUCCAGGUGAAAAUGCAAGCAAAGAUUGUCUCCAAUGCAAUGAUGGGCUCAGUAGCUACAGAAGCUAAAGAACUCAAAGCAACAUGGGUAGUUCUUGAUCGGCACUUGAGGAAGGAAAGUGCUUUCUGCUUGAAACGACUGAAUUGCAACAUCAUUCUUAUGGAUCACAGUACCCCAAAAAUCCUAAGAUCAAUCAACUUUCAAUUGUCCAAAAGCAUUGAUGUGCAUGAACUUCAAAAGGAUCCCAUGAUAACCUACAAUUUGGGUGUUGCAUCAGCUUUAGAUCUCAAUAAUAAAGGUACGGAAUAUGGAAAUUUUCAUGGAGUCACCAGUUCCAGCACUGAAUGUGAUUCUGCAGAGACUUUUUCUCUUCAGCACUCGCAGUUAAUGCACCGUGAAUUUGUAUCUCGAGCCACAUAUUGCUCUACUCCUUUUAUUAAAUCACAACUACUGAAUAAGGUAACAAAGUUCAAUCCUGAUGGAAUGCUUAAGUCCUCAGCCACCUCCAUGAAAGGGAGAAGAAGUUACACUGGUCUGUUAGUUAAGAGUGAUAAAAACCAAGGGAAAAGUGUAAUAUUGCCAGCAAUAGAGCCUUUACCAAGUAGAAAGUCAACAGAAUCACCACGUUUAUGGCAUAAUUUUGGGAGACUGACUCAACAAAAGCAACUUUUAAUUAGUAGAAGAGCCUCCAAGGAUGAUAGUGAAAAUCACACAAUUGUGUCACUCUCUGCUCCAGCAAUCAGUAGAACAUCAAGCAUAAGAAGAGCUAUGUCUCUACCCAUCAGAAAGCCUUCAAAUCCUCCACCUCUUUGUUCUAUGUGUAAGCACAAAGCUCCCGUCUUUCACAGGUCCCCAAGGCAGUUCAGUUACCAAGAGAUUGAAAGAGCAACAGAUAGAUUCUCAAGUGAAAAUUUCUUGGCUGAGGGAGGACAUGGUCCUGUGUUCAGAGGUGUCUUGCCCGAUGGGCAGGUUGUUGCAGUUAAACAUCAUGGGCUGGCAAGUGCACAUGGAGCAUCAGAAUUUUCAUCAAAGGUUGAAGAGCUGAGUUGUGCUCAACACAAGAAUUUGGUGAUGUUGGUAGGCUACUGCAUAGAAAAGGAAUGGCUCCUUGUCUAUGAGUUUGCUUGCAAUGGUUCCUUAGACAAUCACUUGUAUGGUAAGUGUUUUCAUGGUUUGGCAGGAACAAAGACAAAUGAAGUAAUGACUUGGGCUAAAAGAAUGAAGGUUGCCAUUGGAGCUGCAAGAGGGUUAAGAUAUCUUCACGAAGAUUGUCGAGUGGGAUGCAUUAUUCAUGGUGACUUCAGACCAAACAAUGUUCUUCUCACCCAUGAUUUUGAACCCUUGGUUGGAGAUUUUGGCCUAGCACGGUGGAAAGUGGAUGAUCAAUCUGGUGAUGAGACAUGCAUCAUUGGUUCUUUUGGGUAUCUAGCCCCAGAGUACAGACAUACUGGACAAUUAACAGCGAAAGCUGAUAUAUACGCAUUUGGAAUUGUCUUAAUGGAACUCUUAAGUGGCCUAAACAACAUUGAUUCGUCAAGAAGUGAGGAACACCAAAUCUUACCAGAAUGGGGUUCUCCAUCUCUUGAGAAGAAGAUGAUCAACCCUUGCUUGCAUGGUAACUUCAUGAACAAGGAGGUUGAGUGCAUGAUGUAUGCUGCCAGUUUGUGCAUCUUACCCCAUCCUGAAAGAAGGCCACCAAUGUCAAAGGUAUUGAAGAUAUUGGAAGGAGACAUGCCUGGUGAUAUAGCAUAUCAGUGUGCAGAAUGGAACACUAAUUUAGAACUUCAAAGGAAGAGUAAUUAUGCUGCAGAUGUAUCAUUGGAUCUAAUUCAAGACUCCAGCCCUUGCUAUCAAAUGACUCCAUUAAUGCAUCAUAUGAAGCUCUCUCCAUCUAUUCAUGAUGUGUAUAGAGGCAAUGGAUGCAACAACAAUAUUAACAGAACCUAUUUGGAAGACACAGACAAUUUCUUGAAUCAAACUCAUCGAAUACGGAAUAGCAGUCCUUUGCAUAUGAUUCAAUCAGAUGACCUUGAAUUAUGAAGCUCUCUCCAUCCAGUAUCAUUGCACACAGAAGCGACAGUAGCAGCAGCAAUAUCAAGCAAGCAUCCUAUAUAAAAUGGAGAGAUUAAGCAGAAGUUGGAGCUUGAACCAAACUCUGCAGCUUUUGGGGUAACAAACAUAAAGCAUGUCUAAGAAAUCUAAGGAGCUUGCUGAUGAAAUUCCCAAAUCCAUCAAGUCCAAUUACUCAUUUGAUUGGAAUCAACCAGUAAUGAAAUUGGAACAUGCAUCAACAAUGAAGAUGGGGCUCUGGCUCUUCAAAUUUUGAAUUAAACAAUGUGAGAGUGUGGAAAAGUGUAUAAAUUUUAGAAAUUAGGCUAGUGUCAAAAUAAUACACAAUCAUACCCCUCAUACUAUAAGGGAAAGACCAUGUCAACUUGAUAACCAUCUUUGACAUUGAAUUCAAAAUUUAAAUUUUAAAGGUUUGUUGUAAUUGGAUAGUAUUGUUGUACCUUGUUGUAACUCCUCACAUCAAGAAUGUUUAAAUACAGAAAAUUUCCAUACAAAA